AUUUCAAACCUUCCAAUAUAAGGAUAUGGAUCCACAAUCGAGAUAUCGGGAAAUUGCAACAGGUUCUAUGGGAAGGCCAUGGGAACAAGUUACGCAUGGAGACCAGCAACAAUCCACGUGUAAAAAAGUUUUUAGAAGCUGUGCCCUUCAUCAUGGGCACCGUAAAAGACGUUCACACAACUGUAGUGAACAAUGAUUUAGAUGGACUUAAAAACAAAAUUGAAGCCACGUCACCCAUCGUUCUUUGUGGCAAAGAUUCGAAUGGUUUAAAUGUCUUGCAUAAGGCUGCAGGAUCGGGAUAUACUGAGAUCGCACGAGAAAUUCUUACGAGAUAUCCGUCCGUUGUAGAAGCUCAAGAUAACGAUGGAAAAACGCCGUUGCAUUACGCAGCCGCGGCGAAGGACAAUGGGGUUUUGUAUGAUUUGUUAACGGAAUACGGAGCUGAUGAAAGUAAACUAGAUAAUAGGCAAAAGGCUCCAGCUUUCUACAAAAACAGACCAUCAGACAUAGACCAAUCGCUUUUAUCUGUGAUACCGGAGGCACCGCGAGUUGCUAGCACGUCGUAUCCUAAGCAUUGGGACUGGAGGAUUUUAGAAGCGUUGGAAUCUAUAUCGAGGGGGAUGAAAAAAGUUAACAGCGCGGAUAUUGAUAGUGCGUUCGGUAGCGCUGAGACGGCGAAAAAGAAUCUCAGUAAAUCUAUGGAACAGAUAAGAACAGCUGAAGAAAGUCACGAAGAAUCAGAAAAUCAAACGAAGCCAGAAAACUCGGAAAAUCCUGUGGAAACUGAGAAUCCACCAGAAGAACAUGCAGAAGAGGCUGAUAGCGCUCAGAAUGCAGAGAAUCCACCGGAAGAAGAACAUGCAGAAAAUGCAGAAGAGGUUGAUAGCGCUGAAAACGCAGAAAAUACUGAGAAAACAGAAGAGAUGAGUAAUGGAGAAAAUGUAGAAAGCACAGAGAAACCAGAAGAUAUGAAAGAGUCCGAAGAUGCAGAGAAUAGCGAGGAACCACGUGAAGGGGCAAAAGUUGAAGAUAUAGAAGAUAAGUCCUCGGACGACGACGUAGUAACAGGUACAGCGACGCAUAAAACGAUAGAAAGUCCAAAUUCUGAGGACAAACCAGAAGAGCCAGAAAACGAAAAUCAAGCCGGCAAUGCAGAAGAAGCACAAAACGGGGAACAAGGAACUGAGGAAGUUAAUGAACAGGAACAAGAAGGCAAGGUGGAGAAGGAAGAUAGAAACGAGCCCAGCACGGGUGAUUCUGGUGUUGAUGAUCCAGGAAACGACGAAGACCAGGUAAUCGUUGGGGAACACGAGGAGCUUCCGGAAUCAGAUCUGAAGGAGGGCACCAUGACGGCGGAUCCGGAAAUCGAGAAGCUGCUGGAGAACGGCAACAUGGAACAACUGGCCUCUUUGGUGCUAAACGGCCAAGGAAGAAGACUGGUCGGCCGACAUUCAGGAAAUCCUGAGCUUCAGGCUUUCAUCGAUCGCGUUCCAUCUUACAUGGGAAAAAUUCAUGCUGUGCACAUGGCAGCUCAGGAAGGGAAUCUGAGAGAUUUGCAAAGUGCUCUAGACAGGCGCAAAUUUGCAGUCGCGAGAGAUGGAUCAUCGCCAAAUGGUGCAACGCCUCUUCACGUUGCGGUUGUCUUUGGAAAUACCACCAUUAUUAGAUAUUUAGCAGGUAGAUUUCCGGAAACUGCACACGCAAUAGAUGUUAAUGGUAGGACACCUUUGCACUAUGCGGCCACCCUUGCAGACAAUGGCCAUUACUAUAAUCUUUUGCUACAUUUGGGUGCGAAUCCCUUAGUCCAGGACAAUUUUGGACAAAAGGCGGAGUAUUAUAAACAGAAUCAGACUGAAUUAUCUCAUAAAUCGCUCCUGCGCGAUUUCGGGGCUAAUGAGAAACUCGCUGACGAGAUGUUGACUGAUAAAGUUCCUGGAGGAGACAAGUAUUCCGCGCGCCGAGACAUAACCGAACCAGAGACCCUAGCCACCUUGGAGAGGUGUUUCCGUCUUCUGAUCGGCGUAAAGCACGGUACGACACCAAAAUCACCCGGAAACUCCGGUACUCUGAUCAGUCGUUGCCUGAAACGGCCCAUAUUCGAUCGUAUCAAGCACCGUGUGACACGCAUGGACCACAAUCUCUUUGAUGUGAUAUGGCCCGCUUUAAAGAAAUACGGUACUUUGAACGGUACCAGCAAAGCGAGCAGCGCUUAUUCGGUGAUUAGCAAUACAAACGAUGAAGAUGAAUCCUUGUGGGUAGUCGCACCAGACUACGAAAGCUACAUCGUGUUCGCCGAGUUCUUCGACCCCCUGAUCAGAGACAUCCACUGUGUCACUGCCAGUGGUGAUCUCCCCGAUCAUCCGUUGCCGAGGUUUUUUUACACAGAGGACGAGGACGGCGAGGAAAAUCCUGACUCGGUGGACGAAGUUACCGUGUCAGCGAUCGAGGCAUACGAUCUCGAUCCGCCGGCUAAAUUCGUUCAAGCUGCUGUGAUGGAGUGUUGCAGAAAUCUUGAGAAUUACACAUUUCCGUUGACUUUGACGGUGAAUCAGCUGGAGGAGGUGGAACGCGAAAUCACUACUGAACUGAUGAGUCAAGAGAUUUCGGGUAUGAUGGCGGAGGGUAGUAGCGAGGACGAGCCCGGGACGUACUUCACCUUGAACGAGAUUCUAGAUCAACCAAGUCCGAUCAGGGCCCAGUUAGCGGCGUCUGGUCUACUGUUGCCGAUCACGGAUUACGAAGUGCACGACGAUAAACGUCUCCACGGGAGACAUUGGCCCUACGGCCGAGGAGUUUACGUCGCGUCUGCUGGAGAUUUGGCUGCUUGGGUGAACGUGCAGGAUCAUUUGAGAGUUAUCUGCCGGACCAACGAGAAUAGACCGGGCCUGAUCGGCCGUGCCUACGUGAGAUUGGCCAAAGUGAUGGUCGUACUUGACGAGAAAUUGAAGUUCACGAGGGAUAAGAAACUGGGCUUUCUCAGUGCGCGGCCCUACGCCAUCGGGAAUACCCUUAGGUUUAACGUGAUAAUCAAGUUCCCGGAAUUGUCGAAGGAGUACGAUCAUUUGAAGCAUUUGUGUGUCGUUCGUGGACUGAGCAUACGCGAAACACCGAGACGAGACACGGUCAGAAUCGGCAAUCAACAAUCAUUGAGCGUUACCGAGCUACAAACUCUCCAGGAUUUCUCCAGAGCCGUUCUGAACAUCCUUGCGUUGGAGAAGGAGUUAACGAUAAAUAACUCGAUGAAAAUUGCCAGUCUGCUCGCGGAUGACCAGCAGGUUGAUAUACCAAUUUUCCGAGAAGAAGAGGGUCGCUAUUUAGCAUCGUCUCUCGGUGACCCGUUGAUCAAAGGUUUAACAGAAGUUGCUAACAAUCGUCCGAAGGAUCCGGUCACAUAUUUGGCUACAUACUUGUACAAUUUUGCUAACAAAACUAAAAACAAUACACAUGACCAAGAACCUAACGUGUUAAUUAUUCCUGACCGACCCGAAGGAAGCUUGGAAAAUAUCGAGAAUGAAAUUGCAGACGAGGACGCCGGCUAUCCACAAAGUCCAGGCUCCGAUAUACCAGAAUCAGCGUUCAGUAAUCCUAACAGGGUAUGACAAAAUCAUCGAUUGUUGUGUUCAAUUAAGAAAAGAUUAAUUGAUGAAAUACGUUUAUUCACUUAGGAUGAACAUGGACAAAGCGUAAUUCAUUUCGCCGCUAUUCGAUCUUACGCGAAAGACGGUUUGUUUCAUUUGCUUCAGGAAAGUCAAGUUAACGUUGGUUUCAGAGAUCAGUUAUAUAGGACAGCUAGAGAUGUGGCUGAAUUGGCGAACAUCCAAGAAAAUAUUGAUGAAAUUGAUCGUUACGUGGCCUAUUUAGCAGCACGAGGAGAAACUGAAAAAUUAGUAGAACUGUUAUUAGAAGGAUACGACCACAUUUUGGAUGUUGCAGACGAAGGUGUGAAUAUUGUUGAUAUUGCUACAGAACGAGGACGUGAAGCAACUGUGCAAUUUUUACAAUCCAUUCCAAAUUAUGUGACACAACGCGAAGAAGUGCAUUAUGAAAUUAGAAUGGGUAACGUGGAAAGAGUAAAAGAAUUAUUGAGUAAAACUAACGGAAGGGGGAAGCUAUUAGCUAUGGGAAAGAACUCGAUGAGCAGAUGCGCUCUUCAUAUCGCUGUACUUCGAGAAAAUGAAGAAUUGGUCGAAUACAUUGCGACAACAUAUCCAGAGACAUUACGCAUUGGUGACAAUUUGGAGAGAACUGCUUUACAUUACGCAAUGGGUUUACCGUCAGUCGAGGAAUUAAGCAAUAUUCUUAUUAAAGCGGGCGCAAAACGCAUAGUCAAAGAUUUGAAAUCAAGACAACCAUCCUAUUAUUUUAUGAACAAAUCAGACAUCGAGAGACUUCAGGAAGAGGAAACAAAUCUGGUUAAAUAAAUCUAUAAAUAAUAAGGAUGCUACUUGAUGUAUCGUGCUAUCGUUCACCUACAUCUUUAAAAAACUUGAACAUACAAAAUGGUGCAGACAUUUGUAUUCGGGAAAAAGUAAAGUAUACGUCCAAUAAGAAUUAAAGAAAGAAUAAUGUGCCACUUCGUACGUUUCUUUACGUACCUGACUUAUCACUUUCGAUAUUUAACAUUCUUCGUCUCAUAGUAUCGUAGCUACGUCCGUCUGAUGUAACGAACAAAUAGAAUGCACUUUUCUGAUCUCGUAUAAAAAUUACGAUUAUGUAAUAAGUCUAUAUAUGUAUAUCAUAUAACAUAUAAUAUUCAUAAUACAAAU